GGCCAGAUCAUGCUCCCUAUGCCUGGUGCUCCCUCAUCGUCGCUCGCUCUGUUCCGCCAAAGAUUAUUCAACAUGUUCGAGGGAGCCGACAAACGUGUGAUAGCUUCGUUUUGGUUGUUCGGUCUCAUUAACAAUGUACUCUAUGUGAUCAUUCUCAGCAGCGCUCUGGAUCUCGUCGGUCCUGCCGUUCCAAAGUCGCUCGUCUUACUAUUCGAUGUUGUACCGUCAUUCCUGGUAAAGCUCACCGCGCCAUACUACAUCCACCUCGUUCCGUACAACUUGCGGAUUCUGGCUUUUGUCGCACUCUCAUCGUGCGGCAUGUUACUUGUUGCCCUGAGUCCUGGUUCCGCCGACUCAUCUGUAAACGCCGCUUCUAUCUAUAUCAAGAUGUCGGGCAUUGUAUUAGCAUCCAUCAGUAGUGGUGGAGGUGAACUCAGCUUUCUUGGUCUGACCCAUUACUACGGCCCCUUCAGUCUCGCGGCCUGGGGGUCAGGCACUGGCGGCGCAGGACUGGUUGGUUCAGGUGCCUAUGUCUUGUUCACCACUGCCAUAGGCUUCAGCGUUCCAACUAGUCUGCUUGCUUUCUCCUUCCUCCCCGUCAUCAUGCUCUUCAGUUUCUUCGUCUUGUUGCCUGGCAGGGAUUUGCUCAAGGCGAAAAGCCAUGUCUAUGUUGCUGCUGGGCAAAACGACCUGGAUGCAGACACUGAAUCGCUACUCAACGACAUCCCAGAUGACUCUCGUCCACUCUCGUUACCGAAACCGAGCCAGGGCACUUCAUCAUCAUCUGAUGCAUGGCUCAAUCUUAAAGUGAACUUCUUACGGGCCAGAAGUCUAUUUUUCCCAUAUAUGUUGCCUCUACUUCUCGUAUACGUGGCCGAGUAUACGAUCAACCAAGGUGUCGCACCCACUCUGCUGUUCCCUCUUAACGAGACACCCUUUGAGCACUAUCGAUCAUUCUAUCCAACCUACAACGCCAUAUAUCAACUCGGCGUCUUCAUAUCUCGUUCUUCAUUGCCUUUCGUGAGGAUCCAUGCACUAUACCUUCCUUCGCUCCUGCAAUGCGUCAAUCUUGUGAUGCUGGCGACACAUGCCAUGUUCCCGUACUUGCCGAACAUAUGGUUCGUCUUUGCCAUUACAUUCUGGGAAGGAUUGCUUGGAGGAAUUGUUUACGUCAGCACCUUCCGCAGGAUUGGAGAGGAAGUAGCCGAGAGUGAUAGGGAGUUCAGCUUGGGGGCAACAUCUGUGUCGGACUCAGGUGGAAUCUGUAUUGCAGGGUUUUUGGGAAUGGCAGUCGAAACGGGACUUUGUGGGUGGCAAGUGGCACAUGGGCGAGAUUGGUGCAGGAGGCUAUAAUAGGGUAACAUGCAGCUCACAAGUAUGAGACAGGCACUGUGUUGUUGCAUAGAUGAAGAGGUCCGGAGGCUAAACGGAGUUAAGCGGUCAACACGCAAUGCGGAGAGAUGAUCAGCAUGUCACUAAGCAUAGCGCAUGCCCCAAAAUUAAACAAAGACAUGUUACAAC